AUGGAAAUCUCUCCCUCGCGCAAGCGGCCACGCCCAGUAGUCUCCUGUCUCCGAUGCAGAGAGAAGAAAUUGAAAUGCGACCGGGCUGCGCCAUGUCAGAACUGCUGCAAAGCGGGUUGUCGCGCUGAAUGCACCUACAAUCAACAUCCGUCCAGCGGCUCUGUUCCCAAGGCAAAGCGAGUUCGCAUACCUACCGAGGGAUAUGAGACUGAUCAGCCAAGUCAAUCGCAGCCAAGUCAAUCGCGACUUGGAACGGGCAUCAUCGAAGAUCUGCAGCAACGUGUUGUCAAAUUAGAGGAACUCCUUGCUGUUCGUCCCCCUGCCCAUGCCGGCAAUUUUGGACCGAUGAGAGAUGCGCCUGUUCAGAGUUCGUGGCCCCAAUCUGACUCUACAAUUUCCACCUCGCCUUUUCUUGGGACUCUGGUGGUCAAAGGGUCGCGGACUCGUUAUCACGGGCAGAACAAUCGCAUUACACUUCUCAAUCAGUUCCCCGACGCGAAAGCGUUUAUCAAUCAUUGCUCUGAAGACUCUGCUCUCGUGGGGCUGGCCAAAGAAGUCCAAUUUUUGCAAUCCAAGUCACUGGUACCAAUCAACUCCCCAGAGUCUCUGUCUGAGUUACAGAGCUUCCCUGAGCUACAGAAUAUCUUCACUUCUCUUCCUCCCAAAGCAACCUGUGAUAAGCUGUUGGAGGUUUACACCACCAACUGUGAGAAGACCCUCAGAGUCAUUCACAUUUCCUCUUUUCUUCGCCAGUACAAUACUUUCUGGGAGGAUCUUAGCCAUCAGUCUGCAUCUAAUUCUGCACCUCUUCUGACGGCGGUUCUGACCGUCGCUAUCUCCUUUGAUCCUCAACCAUCUACCCCGGAGGAAUCAUCAUCCUGGGACUAUCUGAAACAAGAUGCCCCUAAGUCACUACAAGCUUGGUUGGCUAAACUGCCUCGAAAGCAGCGGAUUGAACUGUCCACACUACAGACUGAAACACUUUUAUUGCUCUCCCUUCAACUCCGUCUUGUUUCCGCAGAAGAGUUGUGGAAAGCUAGUGGCUCCCUUGUCCGCUCGGGCAUGGUGAUGGGGUUGCAUGUUAAUCUCUCUCAGUCCACCAAUCUAUCUUUUUAUCAAGCGGAGUGUCGCCGCCGACUUUGGAUCACCAUUGUUGAGCUGGAUCUCCAAAUCUCUAUCACAUCUGGCAUGCCAGUCAUGACUCCGGAACUGGACUUUGGACCUCUUACACCAUCCAACCUCAACGAUGUCGACUUUGAUGAGUUCACCCCGGAGCCGCCAUUCCCCUCCUCCUUAAGUGAGAAGACCGACUCUCUGGCGCAAAUAACUCUCGCUACUUCAUUGGCCCAUCGAAUCAGAGUGAUGAACAUAGUACAACGGACGAGCCCGCGUGAUAAUCUCGGUGAACGCGUCAAGCAAGCUCAAAGGCUUGAGAAAUACAUUUCUGAUGUUCCAUCUCAACUGAGACCAAAUCAAGACACGGAAAGCACACAUCCCGCAUUUGUUUUGAAUCACGUCCUCCUGGACACAUUUCUUCGUCGUCCUCUACUUUGCCUCCUUCGCCCUGUCAUCAUCCACGCCCAAACCCCUCAGGACCAUCCAUCAUUUCAUGAGAUACGUGGGCUCUGUCUUGAUUCCUCCCUUGCCCUUCUUUCUUACCAAGAUUACUUUGAUCCUCACUUUGCCGAUCCCGAUGUGACCAAUUCAAACGCCUACUGGGAUAUCUUCCACACAUUCUGUCAACAUGACAUCUUAUGGGCAGCUCUCAGCGUGUGCGAGCAUAUGAGACUAUCUUCCAUCAUAUCAUCAACUCCAUCGCCUGCGGACAUUACCACAGAUACAGUCGGUUCCCGUCAUCAAACCCCCAGCAAGGCUAGCCUGACCCGGCUCAUCGAAAACACACUUGACAGCUUUACGCGUCGAGUCCACCACAGAGGAAGCAACGUCAAAGACCUCAUACUGCUCACCACUGUUCUUCAAUCUGUACGCGCUCGUGGAUCAGCGCAGCAAAGAGAGCGUUUGAUGCUACAAGGAGCGAAGAACACCCUAACUGCCUGCCGCCAGCAUCUUCAGAGUAUUCCAUCUGAUAUGGCAGAGUUGGGACGAACGAUCCAGUCUGCCGAUGCCCUGACUCUACCACAACCCACCGGGCAACUGCUAUCCACCCCUCAGUCCCAGAUACCCGACAUCAUGCAACUGCCGCACGACCUCACGACCGAUUUUGACAACUUCGUCGGCGAUCUAUUCUCUUUUGAUGAUGGAUCAUUUAUGUGGAAUAUAUGA